GUCCGGUGCAGGUGACACCUUCUCGAAGGUGUGGGUAGGCAGUUAAUUUAUGGAGAGUAGGAGGUGUGGAUUCAGCUUUUUUUUUUUUUUUCUUUUCCAGUGGGGCAUUAUCCAAAUGAUACUCAUUCUCUCCUGAGUCUGGACUUCAUGCAACAAGCAGUUACUGGAUAUUACUUUAAAAGAAGCAAAAGCCACGAAAAGAUCCUGGUCUGUGUCCUUGUUUGAAAGGAAGAAUUGGUUGAGAAGUGCUCCUUGGUCAAGGAUUAACCCAAGGGAAAAAUCUAGCAGGAAGAGAAGAUCUGUGGGUUUUUCACCCCAUCCCUUAGGAAAGCUAUGCCGUGAAAAGGCUUCUGACCCAUUGACACAUAGCAAGUUGGACGGGGUACCAAUUCUUCUUUUGAGGGGUGGAGAAGAGAAGACUUCUCUCGUUCGUGGCAUCUGAAGGAUGGCUUCCCAGUUUCAUCAGCUUCGGGUUCUGGUCUGGAAAAACUGGCUAGGUGUCAAAAGGCAGCCGCUUUGGACACUUGUCUUGAUUUUAUGGCCAGUUAUGAUUUUCAUAAUUUUGGCUAUUACUCGGACCAAAUUUCCUCCAAGAGCAAAACCAACUUGUUACCUUGCACCUCGAAACCUUCCUAGCACUGGCUUCUUCCCGUUCCUGCAAACGCUGCUCUGUGACACAGACUCCAAGUGCAAAGACACACCCUAUGGGCCACAAGAUCUGCUUCGUAGGAAAGGAAUUGAUGAUACACUAUUUAAAGACAGUGAAAUUCUGAGAAAGUCAUCCAACCUGGAGAAGGACAGCAAUUUAUCAUUCCAGAGCACCAAAGUUCCAGAGAGAAGGCAUGCUUCACCAGCCACAGUAUUUCCUAGUCCAAGUUCUGAUUUGGAAAGUACUGGAACAGAUACUUUCAAUGGUAGUCAAGUGCUUGCUCGGAUUCUUGGUUUGGAAAAGCUUUUAAAGCAAAAUUCAACUUCAGAAGAUAUGCGGAGAGAGCUGUGUGAGAGCUAUCCAGCAUAUAUUGCUGAUUAUGACUUCUCUUGGACUACUCUAGGGAAAAAUAUUUUUAACGUAUUUUGCCUGUCCAACAUGACCCUUUUAGAGUCUUCUCUCCAAGAACUAACCAACCAGUUCUCUCAGCUAUCAAGUGAUCCCAACAACCAGAAGGCCAUGUUUCAGGAGAUGGUCAAAGUGCUGUCCUUCUUCUCACAAGUGCAAGAGCAGACAGCUGUGUGGCAGCUUCUCUCCAGUUUUCCAAAUAUGUUCCAGAAUGACACAACGCUAAGCAAUCUAUUUGAUGUUCUUCGAAAUGCAAACAGUGCGCUGCUGGUAGUACAGAAGGUUUAUCCACGUGUCACAACUAACGAAGGAUUCAGAACUCUCCAUAAAUCUGUUAAACAUCUGUUGUACACUCUGGACUCCCCAUCUCAAGGUGACUCUGAUAAUACAACACACGUGUGGAGUGCAGAAGACGGACAGUCGCUAUCCCCAAGCAGCCUGGCUGCACAGCUCCUAAUACUGGAAAACUUUGAAGAUGCCCUCUUAAAUGUAUCAGCAGAUAGUCCUUAUAUUCCUUACUUGACAUGUGUGAGAAAUGUCACUUACAAUUUGGCCAGGGGAUCAAAAGAAAAUUUAAGACUCCUGCAAUCCACAAUUCAGUUUAAAAAAUCUUUUCUUCAAAAUGGUUCCUAUGAGGAUUACUUCCCUCCAGUUCCUGAAGUCUUGAUAUCAAAACUGUCUCAACUUCGAGACUUGACCAAGCUUCUUUGUGAACCUGACACUUUCAGUUCAAUAGAGAAAAUGUGCCAGCUCUCUAGCAUAAACUUUGGGAACCUGUGUGAAGAGAGUGCCUUUCACGUACAACUCCUCGAAGCAGCAGAGCUUGGCACCGAAAUAGCGACCAGUUUACUGUAUCAUGACAAUAUCCUAUCUGAAAAACUGAGGGAUUUGUUUUCUGGGGAUCCAAGCAAAAUUAAUAUAAAUAUGGAUCGGUUUCUAGAACAGGCAUUGCAAAUGAAUUACUUGGAAAAUAUCACACGAUUAUUGCCAACCAUAGAAGCUGUGCUGCAUGUCAAUAACAGUGCAGGCUCUUCUGAAAAACCAGACCAAUUAAUAGAAGUGUUCAAAAAUGUUGAAGAGCUGAAAGAAGAACUGAGGAGAACAACAGGAAUGUCCAAUAAGAGUAUCGACAGUUUGCUGGCCAUUCCCAUCCCUGACAACAGAGCAAAGAUUCUUUCUUUUGUGUUCUGGUUGCAUUCUUGUGAUGCUAAUAUGACUAAUCCCAAAUUGGAAGAUGCAAUGAAGGAAUUCUGCAGCCUGCCUCUUCCAGAGAGAUCCCGUCUGUCUUACCUCAUUGCACUCACUUUUCUGCACUACUUAGACGUUUACAACUUCACAUACAAGGUGUUUUUCCCUAGAGAAGAUCAAAAGCCAGUAGAAAAGAUGAUAGAGCUCUUCAUAAGGCUAAAGGAGAUCCUCAAUCAGAUGGCUUCCGGCACACGACCGCUGCUAGAAAAAAUGAGAUCCCUGAAACAUCUGCCCAGAAGCUUUCCAUUAACACAGUCUAUGUAUAGAGGCAACCGGAUAAACACACCCCAAGGAUCAUUUAGUACCAUUUCCCAGGCACUGUGCUCCCAAGGAAUUACCACUGAUUAUUUAAUUGCACUGCUGCCCUCAUCUCAGAGGCAGAAAGGCAACCACACCAAGGACUAUUUGACUCAUAAAUUAAGUAAAGAGCAAAUUGCUGCAAAAUAUGGGAUUCCCUUACAUUCCACACCAUUUUGCUUUUCCCUUUAUAAAGACAUCAUUAAUAUGCCUGCUGGACCUGUGAUUUGGGCUUUCUUGAAACCUAUGUUGUUGGGAAGGAUCUUGUACGCACCAUAUACCCCUGUCACAAAGGCAAUAAUGGAAAAGUCUAAUGUAACUCUGAGGCAGCUGGCAGAAUUAAGAGAAAAAUCUCAAGAGUGGAUGGAUAAAUCACCACUUUUCCUGAAUUCCUUCCACCUGUUAAACCAGACGAUUCCAAUGCUCCAGAAUACUCUAAGGAACCCAUUUGUGCAAGUUUUUAUAAAAUUCUCCGUGGGACUUGAUGCUGUUGAACUAUUGAAACAAAUAGAUGAACUCGAUAUUCUAAGGCUGAAAUUAGAGAACAGCAUUGACCUCAUUGAUCAUCUUAACACGCUGUCUUCCCUGACAGUAAAUAUUUCCUCCUGUGUAUUAUAUGACCGUAUUCAGGCGGCAAAGAGCAUAGAUGAAAUGGAGAGAGAGGCUAAAAGACUUUACAAGAGCAAUGAACUCUUUGGAAGUGUUAUUUUUAAGCUUCCUUCCAAUAGAAGCUGGCACAGAAGCUAUGACUCUGAAAACAUCUCUAUUCCUCCUGUUGUAAAAUAUACCAUCCGCAUGAGUCUCAAGACUGCACAGACAACAAGAAGAAUAAGAACCAAGAUUUGGGCCCCGGGGCCACACAAUUCUCCAUCACACAACCAGAUCUAUGGCCGGGCUUUUAUCUACUUACAGGAUAGUAUUGAAAGAGCCAUCAUUGAAUUGCAGACUGGAAGGAACUCCCAGGAAAUAGCAGUCCAGGUCCAAGCAAUUCCCUAUCCCUGCUACAUGAAAGACAACUUCCUAACCAGUGUCUCUUAUUCUCUUCCAAUCGUGCUUAUGGUUGCCUGGGUGGUAUUUAUAGCUGCAUUUGUAAAAAAGCUUGUUUAUGAGAAAGACCUCCGGCUUCAUGAGUACAUGAAGAUGAUGGGUGUGAAUUCCUGCAGUCACUUUUUUGCCUGGCUUAUAGAGUGUGUUGGAUUUCUGCUGGUCACCAUCAUCCUCCUCAUCAUUAUUCUCAAGUUUGGCAAUAUUCUUCCUAAAACAGAUGGGUUCAUCUUGUUCCUGUACUUUUCGGACUAUAGCUUCUCAGUUAUUUCCAUGAGCUAUCUGAUCAGUGUCUUCUUCAACAACACCAACAUUGCAGCUCUGAUUGGAAGCCUCAUCUACAUCAUUGCCUUUUUUCCAUUUAUUGUUCUGGUUACAGUUGAGGAUGAGUUGAGCUAUGUAAUAAAAGUAUUCAUGAGCCUUCUGUCCCCAACAGCUUUCAGUUAUGCGAGUCAAUACAUUGCACGAUAUGAGGAGCAGGGCAUUGGUCUUCAGUGGGAGAAUAUGUACAGUUCCCCAGUUCAGGAUGAUACCACUUCGUUUGGCUGGCUAUGCUGUCUAAUCCUAGCUGAUUCUUUCAUUUAUUUCCUUAUUGCUUGGUAUGUCAGGAAUGUUUUCCCAGGUACCUAUGGUAUGGCAGCUCCAUGGUAUUUUCCAAUCCUUCCUUCCUAUUGGAGGGAGCGAUUGGGAUGUGCAGAAGUGAAGCAUGAGAAAAGCAACGGCCUCAUGUUUACUAAUAUCAUGAUGCAGAACACCAACCCAUCUGCCAGUAAGACAAGUCCUGAAUAUACGUUUCCCUCCAACAUUGAGCCUGAACCUAAAGAUCUUACCGUUGGGGUUGCCCUGCAUGGGGUCACAAAGAUCUAUGGAUCAAAAAUUGCUGUUGAUAACCUCAAUUUGAACUUUUAUGAAGGGCAUAUUACUUCAUUGCUGGGGCCCAAUGGAGCCGGGAAAACAACUACCAUCUCCAUGUUGACCGGGCUGUUUGGGGCCUCAGCGGGUACCAUCUUUGUUUAUGGCAAAGAUAUCAAAACAGACCUACACACUGUGCGGAAGAACAUGGGGGUCUGCAUGCAGCAUGAUGUCUUGUUCAGUUACCUCACUACCAAGGAGCACCUCCUCUUAUAUGGCUCCAUCAAAGUUCCUCACUGGACCAAAAAGCAGCUGCACGAGGAAGUAAAAAGGACCUUAAAAGACACUGGACUGUAUAGCCAUCGUCAUAAGAGAGUUGGAACACUGUCUGGAGGAAUGAAGAGGAAAUUAUCCAUAUCCAUAGCUCUUAUCGGAGGAUCGAGGGUGGUGAUUUUGGAUGAACCAUCCACUGGAGUUGACCCAUGCUCUCGUAGAAGUAUAUGGGAUGUUAUAUCCAAGAACAAAACUGCCAGAACAAUCAUUCUGUCAACGCACCACUUGGAUGAGGCAGAAGUGCUGAGCGACCGCAUUGCCUUCUUGGAGCAGGGCGGGCUGCGAUGCUGCGGGUCACCAUUUUAUCUCAAGGAAGCAUUUGGGGAUGGGUAUCACCUGACACUCACUAAGAAAAAGAGUCCAAAUCUAAAUGCCAGGGCAGUGUGUGACACAACGGCCGUGACAGCAAUGAUCCGAUCACACCUCCCUGAAGCCUACCUCAAGGAGGACAUUGGGGGAGAGCUUGUCUACGUGCUUCCUCCAUUCAGCACCAGUGUCUCUGGGGCCUACCUCUCACUCCUGAGAGCCCUGGACAGCGGCAUGGGUGACCUGAGCAUCGGGUGCUACGGCAUCUCCGACACCACCGUGGAAGAGGUCUUCCUGAACUUGACUAAAGAGUCACAAAAAACCAGUAGCAUGAGUCUUGAGCACUUGACCCAAAAGAAAAUCGGAAAUUGCAGUACCAAUGGCAUCUCGACACCUGAUGACUUAUCUGUGAGCAGCAGCAAUUUCACAGACAGAGAUGACAGAAUCCUGACCAGAGGAGAGAGAUUGGAUGGCUUUGGACUGUUACUGAAGAAGAUAAUGGCUAUCCUCAUUAAAAGGUUCCACCACACCCGCAGGAACUGGAAAGGUUUCGUAGCUCAGGUUAUUCUCCCCAUCGUCUUUGUAACCACUGCCAUGGGCCUUGGCACUCUGAGAAAUUCCAGCGACAGCUAUCCAGAGAUCCAGAUCUCCCCGUCUCUUUAUGGUACCUCUGAACAGACAGCCUUCUAUGCAAAUUCUCACCCAAGCACGAAAGAACUGGUCUCAGCAAUGUGGAGCUUCCCUGGCAUCGACAACAUGUGUUUGAACAUUAGUAAUCAAAGUUGUUUAAAUAAAAACCAUCUGGGGAAGUGGAACAGCAAUGGAGAACCUAUCACUAAUUUUGGUGUUUGUUCCUGCUCAGAAAAUACCCAGGAAUGUCCUAAAUUUAACUAUUCUCCACCUCAUAGAAGAACUUAUUCUUCCCAUGUAAUUUAUAACCUCACUGGGCAACACUUGGAAAAUUAUCUUAUAUCAACUGCUAAUGAGUUUACACAAAAAAGAUAUGGAGGUUGGAGUUUUGGGCUGCCUUUGACUAAAGACCUUCGUUUUGAUAUAACAACAGUUCCUGCUAAUAGAACACUUGCCAAGGUAUGGUAUGAUCCAGAAGGCUAUCACUCCCUCCCAGCUUAUCUCAACAGCCUGAAUAACUUCCUCCUGCGAGUUAACAUGUCAAAAUACGAUGCUGCCCGACAUGGUAUCAUCAUGUAUAGUCAUCCUUAUCCAGGAGUGCAAGACCAAGAACAAGCCACAAUGAGCAGUUUAAUCGAUAUUUUAGUGGCACUCUCCAUCCUGAUGGGCUACUCUGUCACCACUGCCAGCUUUGUCACCUACAUCGUACGGGAGCAUCAGACCAAAGCCAAACAGCUACAGCACAUUUCAGGUGUUGGAGUCACAUGCUACUGGGUAACAAACUUCAUUUAUGACAUGGUCUUCUACUUGGUGCCUGUAGCAUUUUCAAUUGGUGUCAUUGCAAUUUUCAAGUUACCUGCUUUCUACAGUGAAAACAACCUAGGCGCUGUAUCUCUCCUACUUCUGCUGUUUGGGUAUGCCACAUUUUCUUGGAUGUACUUGCUGGCUGGACUCUUUCAUGAAACAGGAAUGGCUUUCAUCACUUACGUUUGCAUCAACCUAUUUUUUGGCAUCAAUUCCAUUGUUUCCCUGUCGGUGGUGUACUUUCUCUCCAAGGAAAGGCCUAAUGAUCCGACUUUAGAACUUAUUUCUGAAACCCUCAAGCGCAUUUUCCUGAUUUUCCCACAAUUCUGUUUUGGUUACGGUUUGAUUGAACUUUCUCAACAACAGUCAGUCCUAGACUUCUUAAAAGCAUAUGGAGUGGAAUACCCAAGCGAAACCUUUGAGAUGGAUAAACUAGGUGCAAUGUUUGUGGCUUUGGUUUCUCAAGGGACCAUGUUCUUUCUCUUACGACUUUUAAUGAAUGACUGGCUAAUAAAGAAACUCAGACUCUUCUUCAGAAAAUUUAAUUCUUCACCUGUGGUUGAGACAAUAGAUGAAGAUGAGGAUGUGCGGGCUGAGAGAUUAAGAGUUGAGAAUGGUGCAAGUGAAUUUGACCUGGUCCAACUCCAUCGUCUCACAAAGACUUACCAACUUAUCCACAAAAAGAUUAUAGCUGUAAACAACAUUAGCAUUGGGAUACCUGCUGGGGAGUGCUUUGGCCUUCUUGGGGUAAAUGGAGCAGGAAAGACCACCAUCUUCAAGAUGCUAACUGGAGACAUAAUUCCUUCAAAUGGACACAUUCUGAUCAGAAAUCAGACUGGAUCUUUGGCUCACGUUGACUCUCACAGCUCAUUAGUUGGCUACUGUCCUCAGGAAGAUGCCUUAGAUGACCUGGUAACUGUGGAAGAACAUUUGUAUUUCUAUGCUAGGAUACAUGGAAUUCCAGAAAAAGAUAUUAAAGAAACUGUUCAUAAACUCCUCAGGAGACUUCACCUGAUGCCCUACAAGGACAGAGCUACCUGUAUGUGUAGUUACGGCACAAAAAGAAAAUUAUCCACUGCACUGGCCUUGAUAGGGAAACCUUCCAUUCUGUUGCUGGAUGAGCCGAGCUCUGGGAUGGAUCCUAAGUCAAAACGGCACCUCUGGAAGAUCAUUUCAGAAGAAGUACAGAAUAAAUGUUCCGUCAUCCUCACCUCUCACAGCAUGGAAGAAUGUGAAGCACUCUGUACCAGGUUGGCCAUUAUGGUGAAUGGAAGGUUCCAAUGUAUUGGAUCAUUGCAGCAUAUUAAGAGCAGGUUUGGACGAGGCUUUACUGUCAAAGUUCACUUGAAAAAUACCAAAGUGAGCAUGGAAGCCCUCACAAGGUUCAUGCAACUGCAUUUUCCAAAAACAUACUUAAAAGAUCAACACCUCAGCAUGCUAGAGUAUCAUGUUCCGGUCACAGCAGGAGGAGUAGCAAACAUUUUUGAUCUGCUGGAAACCAAUAAAACGGCUUUAAAUAUCACAAAUUUCUUAGUGAGUCAGACUACACUGGAAGAGGUUUUCAUCAACUUUGCCAAAGACCAAAAGUGCUAUGAAACCGCGGACACUGGUAGCCAUGGUUCCACCAUAAGCAUUGACUCACAGGAUGAUCAGAUGGAGUCAUAGUACCUCCAGCAAACUCAUCCUCAGCAAAUGGCCAAUGGCUUCAUUUUGAGGAAGAGCCACAGAAGAUACGAAUUCCUCAAAAUAUUUUAAUUUUGAAGUAUUAUAUUAUUGGAAAGUUGAAAUGUGUAAGACUUGCCAGUAACUAUAAAUGGAAAGUUUUCUUUCUAAGAUCAGUGAAUGUUGUUGCUGCUGAGAUGAAUUCCUGCCUACUCAACACUGUGAGCAUACUAAUGUAUAUGUUGUUGACUCUUAUGCAAAGGUGAAACUACCUGAAGAUGAAUGUCUUAAUUUAUUACUUUCAAUAAAAAGACAGCUUAAAAGGCAUGGCUAUUAGCAGUUGAAAAGUAAGAAUGGAGAAGAAAAGUAAGGUAGUUUGGGGUAGGUAGAAUUGAGAGAGCAAACAAAAUAAUUUAUUUUUAGGAAAUAACAGAAUGAACAUCUUGAAUACAUGAAUCUUGCGUGAUGUGUAAAGUGCCAAGGGCCAGAUUAACACCAGCAGUAAGGAGCGGGCACAAUGUCUGGAGUGCAUGUGUAUGUCAUUUUCAGUACCUGUAAAUACGUGGGGACAUACCAAACCCCCCAAAAUGCCUUUUUACAAGAAUACUAUAGGAAGGCAGUUUACCCUGGUGGUAAACAGAACUUAAGAUUUAUUCUCACAGUGCCUUGCCAAUAGUAAGGCACAGGGCAGAACAAGAAGCUACUUGCUCUCUGGGGGAAAUGGGUGUGUCAGCGGGCAGAUACAAAUCCUGAAAGAUAAUAGAGAAUUCAUGUGCUGCUGGCAGGCCACUUUUUUUUAAGAUUUUACAGAAAGCCUCAUAUUCUGGGUCUCUCUGCAGGAAACAUUCCUGUGAAGGGAAAAUUAAUAUGAAGAUAAUUUUCAGCUAGUUACCCAGCCGAACCAGAAUCAUGUAUAUGGCCAUGGAAUAGACUUUGUAAUAAUGCCAAAUUAUAUGGCCCUUGGGGAAGGUGCUUUAUAUAACAUUUGUGUGUGCGUGCGUGUGUGUGUGUGUGUGUGUGUGUGUGUACAGGUUUGCCAGCUCUGGCACAACUGUUUCUGUGUUGAAAAUAAAAUCAAAAUUUAGUAAAAAGCAA